UGCGGUUGAACUGGCUACCUACCUCGCCAAGAACGACGUGGCGGUAGCUUGUCUACAAGAGAACAAGCUAUCUGCUGCAUCCCGCCCCCCUUCUUUCCCCGGAUAUGCGCUGGAGCGCAAAGACCGCCCCCGCGGCCACGGUGGCGGUCUCCUCACUCUGAUCCGCCACGUCUCGUUCACCGGGCAAGACAUCUCUCCCCUCCUACACGGCGACACCACCAUGGAGGCUAUGGCAAUCUCCAUUCCUCUCAAUGGUUCCCCUCUCCGCAUCAUUAAUGUUUAUAUCCCACCGGCCUCCUCCUGCCCCGCGGGAUAUUCCCCGGAACUGUCAGACAUAGUCUCCUUACCGGGCGACUGUCUGAUAGUUGGCGACUUUAACGCCCAUCACCCUUCCUGGUUCUCCCACACGGACGACCAGAGAGCCGCAGCGCGGGGAGCCGCAGUCGACGAUGUCGUUGCCAAUUCCUCCCUCGCCUUCCUCAACGAGGAUUCCUAUACCCGCCGCCCCUCACACGGCCCACCCUCCUCUCCGGACCUCGCAAUCAUCAGCGAUCACCUUCUACUCGACACCUCCUGGACCCCUCAAGUUGCCCUAAACUCGGACCACCUGCCCAUUCUGAUUCACCUCCCUUCCUCCGUCGACUCUUCGACCCCCCGAGCUGCCCGCUUUUACGUCAACUUCAAAAAAGCUGACUGGCCCGCCUACACGGCAGCCACUGAAGCGGCCCUCCAGAUGGUCAACAAUGCCGAACAUUCCAGACAGCAUAUCCCUGCUGGCUUCCGCAAGGACUUCUCCCCCUCGGUCAACCCUGGCACCCGGUUGCUCAUUGAGCAACGGGAUGACACCAGGGCUCGUGAUCCAUCAGACCCCCGGCUGCCAAAUCUGAACUUGGAAAUUAGCAUUUCCAUCCAGGCCCACGCCAGAGACAAAUGGCGAACACACCUUGCGUCGUGCUGCAGGCGCACAAACCAGUCCAAGCACUGGAAUCUCCUACGCUCCCUAGCAGGAAAGCGUAACCGUCCUCCCCCCAAUCAGCCAAUCCAAUUUGGUCUGAAUACCCUCUCAUCUCAGCGCAAGAUCUCAUCCGCCUUCUGCAAGUUGUUCACUUCACUUGCCCCCCACUCCCAGAGCCCCUCCACCCGCCGCCUCAUAUGUAGAAUCCAGGCGGAACAUCCCCUGGACAGGGACUUCUCCCCGUUCACACCCGACAUGGUGAAGCUCGCUAUCGCGGCUGCCAAGAACUCCUCCGCACGAGGCCCGGACGGGCUCACG